AUCAUUACUGUCGAUGAGAACGGAAUAAUAGGAUGUCAUCAAUUGUUGCAUAAAUCGAUGGCACCUGAUAUACCUUUCAUGGUCGAAGUUGAUCCUGUGCUACAAUAUAAAAGUCAUUUUAAUACGCCAUUCUGUUAUGACGCUGAAAUCACACCAAAAUGUUUUGCAUGCAGUAAAGACGGUAAAGUUGUAUUGAGUGCUGGACACUGGGAUAACACAUUUAAGGUUUCCAAUACCGAGACUAGUAGAACAGUUGCCUCAAUAUCCGGCCAUGAUGAUAUCGUGACAGCAGUGGCGAUUAGUGAGGAUGGGAGAAUUGUGGUAUCAGGAUCGAGGUGUUCAAACCUGUUGUCGUGGAAAGUUAACCUUACACAUGAUAAUGAGUUUUUGGAGAUUGAACCGGUUCCGAUGCAGGCAUACUAUGGUCACGACGACGAGAUCAAUUGCAUAGUGGUGAACGCCGAACAUGACAUUUUAAUUAGUGGGUCAAAGGAUAGAACUUGUAUAGUACAUUCAUUGAGAAAUGCAAACUACAUACGUACUUUGCGGCCAUUGGAUGAUAUAGAGUCGAGCAUCGAGUUUAUCUGCAUCACCAAGGACGCAAAUAUUGUCUUGUACACCGAGAUAAAGGACGAAUACUUCCUUCACACAUACAGCAUCAAUGGAAAGCUUUUAAAUUUCAUAAAGAUAAAUGAAAAGUUGGUUCACAUUAUUUCAGCACACGACAGGAACUUAAUUAUCACUUCAAGUGAUAGGGGACGAAUUUGCAUUUAUGAUGUUCUCAGUCUAAAUUCUUUACACGAUUAUGAAAUACCAUUAAUUGGCAGGAGUAUUAAACUCAGUGCCGAUAAUCGUCAACUAUGGAUUUCAGGAGAUGAUGGAAAACUUUUUAUAAUUUC